UGUUUACAUCGGAAUUCGUCAGCGUACUGCUAUCAUUUUUGGUAAUUUUUUCUAUACAGUUUGCACAGAAUGAUUCGAAAAUUGGCCAACAAUCUCGUCAGCACCUUGUCCAGGAGAAGCUUGGUAUCGAUCAAUCAUCCCCGGGUGAGUUCAACUAGGAUCAUUACGAAACCAGUGCUUUCUGGAAGUAGACAUCAAAACAAUCAGGAAUCUCGUCACUUCAAACCGGUACCAAUUUUGGUAGCCAGCUCGUUUCUAUCUUGGUUCAGCAAGAAGGAUGACGACGACACACCGGAAAAUCAGCUGGUAACUACCAUCAAAAUGUCCAUCCUCAGCAUCCAAAGGGAGGAAUAUAAAAAAGCCGAACAGUUGCUUCAUGUUGCCCUCAAAAUGGCCCAGGAUUUGCAAAGCAAAGAUGGCAUUACCUACAUAUACGACAUAAUGGCAAAUCUAGCGAUGGAGGUAGGCGAGUUUUCCAAAGCCGAGAAGCUGUUUGCGAACGUUAUGCAAAGGCUAUUUGCCGAUGGAUUCCUUGAAGAUCAUAUAAAAAUGCUCCACAUUAGCUCUAAAAUUUCCCACAUAGCACAACUUCAAGGGCACCUGGAUAAGGCUUUGAUCGGCUUUGAGUGGACGCUGAAAAAACUAGAGGAAAAUCUCAAAAAUGCACCUGGAGAUAAAGAAAUCCGAGAGCUGUGGGGAAUCACAAAGAACUGGUACGCACAGCUUCUGAUGGAGCUGAAGCGUUUUACGGAAGCCAAAUCAUGUUUCUUGCAGGCGUACGAAGCGUACACAGAAAUCCAUGGGAAGCUUACUGAGGAAGGGCUCACGAUACUGAACAACCUUAGCGUAGCUUGUUCCAAUUUAGAAGACUAUGUAACGGCUGAAUACUAUCUGAAGCAAGCCAUCGCUCUGGCAGCGCAACUUCCCGAACAGACCGAAGCCGGAAUAUACAGAGCAAACCUAGGAUUACUGUACCUGCAGCAAGGAUUGCUUGAGCAGGCAAGGGAAUUCUGUUCCUUCGCAUGGAAACACGGCACGAAACACCAACACGAGGAAACUGUGAUACAAGCUAACUACUGCUUGGAGCAGAUAAAAGCGGUGCAAAAGUAGAAUAGUCCAACAAAAAAAAACCUCUAACGGUUGAUCUAGUCCCCGAUAUGGUAAAGGUUGGCACCGAACAGUGAGACUUCGUGAUUUAAAAGAACGUUGAAUUUUAUUGUGGUUAUUAAGAUUUUCGUUAUGUACAUUGAAAUUUAUACAUAAGGUUAAUACCAGACACCGACAACAUUUGAUCAAAAAUAGAAAGCGGGAAUUUACCCGAACAUCAUGUCUGCAGACGAAUCAUUUGGUUUUUUUAUAGAAGUGGGUUGAAUUUGGAAGUUUUAAAUCUUUUUCUCUACAAUUCUAAACUUUGUUAUCCUGAAUAAUUCAUUGGCAGCCUCAUUUAAG